GGACCAAAUAGUGAAAAAUGCAAAUUAAGCGAAAGUGUUAUAUCCUUGAAGCGUUUCAAAAAGGAAUAUAAGGGCAAAUAAAUAUAAGCUGGAACAGGAUACCACUUAGAAUCAAGUAAAGUGCUGUGAUGUGAAUUUUCCCUCCGUGCUCGUCUCGUCCACCUCCCGUGCCCUUUGUGUCUACAAGUGUGAAGCUUUCAUCCGUCCCUUCAACAGCUGCCUGCUGCAGCGAAGCUUCGAGAACUGCACCCAAAUUGAGCACAAAUAUCGAACUAUCAGCGAUGCGCGCUUUUUGGAUACUAUGCCUGUUAGCUCUUGUCUUCCGGUGCUCGGGGGCUUUCAAAUCGAAAGCCAAAAAAUCCUUCGGAUGCCCGCAUCAUUACUACCAUCGCCCUGAGGUGGUUAGAUAUUUGACAAAGAUCGUCCCAGUACCAGAGCCCGUUCCAAGUCCAGUUCCUGUUCCUGUCCCGAAGUUCAUACCAAUCCCGACCCCCGUUGAAGUCUCUCAUCCGGUGCCUGUGCCGUACAAAGUUCCUAUCGUAAAGCGGGUCCCAAAAAUUGUGCCCGUCCCAAAAGAAGUCAUGGUCCCGAAGAUGGUUCCGGUGCCACAUGAAGUGCCAUUCCCUGUGCCAGUACCCGUCAUCAAGUACGUACCUGUUCCAGUUCACAAAACUGUACCCGUGCCGAUAGUCAAAGAAGUUCCAGUGCCUGUCAAGGUACCGAAGUACGUCCCGGUGCCGUACCACAAAGUGGUCAAGAUCCUCAAGCCUGUUACAGUCCCGGUGAAGGUUCCCGUAUUUAAACAGGUCAUUAUUAAGAAACCUAUAGAGGUGCCUGUACCAUUGUAUGUAAAGCAACACAUUCACGUUCAUCAUGAGCCCCAUAAUCACCCCAUGCCCAUGAUCAUGAAUGGAGGUGACUGAACUCAGGAAGUUCGAUGUCUAUUAGACGCCCGUGAAACCUACGGCAGUUGACGCUCAGUAUUGGUAGCUCGAUAACCCUGUCGUUAAUUGUAUUGAGAAUUAGCACUGAAGGUAGGAUCGCUUGGAACAAAUAUUUUACAUUAAUGUUACCUGAAAUGUUAAGACGUCUUUGGUAUUUUUUUAUGGAACUUGGUGUACCUGCUGGGUCUAAUUAUAGAUUCGUACUUGUUACAUAUAUAUAUGAAUCGACAGCGUAUUCAGUCAUUAUAGGGUAAUGUGAGGUAAUACGUGCCACCCGAUUUCUGCUGAUGUUAAAUUAAUUGACCUACAUGUGUACGCGAGAGCGUAUAUUUGUGUGUCCGUCUGUGUGUAUGUGUGUGUGUGUGUGUAUGUGUGUGAACGCAUGUAUAUAAGUUUACGUGUACCUAUCUUGGUAGCGACACGUAGCACGUGUCCGUCUGCGUAUUAUAGAUGUAAAGUCAAAUGUGUAAAUAAAUUAUCAAUUGGUCAACGUUG